UCAUCCAUGUUGGAGAGGAGAAAAGAACGAAGUAUCGAUUGUGCAGCAGCAGUGAUUUUGAUUGUGAACCUAUGGAAAACGGGCCCUGGAAACGGCAAUCGGUCUAAGCUGUGCUGUGCGAAGGGAUACGCCACCAUCCUUGGAGCCAGGGCAGGAUCCAUACGAGAUCCCCACAACCUGUCUGGGGACUCUGGGGCAGGACGGUUCUACUACGCCUCGCUCGCUCGCUGAAUUAACCCCUAGUAUCUGGAAAUAUCUGGACAAUUUAUCCGCUUUGGGACCCACCAAGUAGGCUUCUGGACGGAGGAAUCUCAGUGGAUGGUUUUGGAUUGACGCCUUCAGCGUAACUAUUCAUCAUGUCGGCCGGACCGUACAACUAUUCGUACAUUUUUAAAUACAUAAUUAUCGGAGACAUGGGCGUGGGUAAAAGUUGCCUCUUGCACCAGUUCACCGAAAAGAAAUUUAUGGCUAGCUGCCCGCACACGAUCGGAGUCGAGUUUGGGACGCGCAUCAUUGAGGUGGAUAAGCAAAAAAUCAAACUACAAAUAUGGGACACUGCCGGCCAGGAGCGGUUCCGUGCGGUGACACGCUCCUACUACCGUGGUGCGGCCGGGGCGCUGAUGGUGUACGACAUAACGCGACGGUCAACGUACAACCAUCUGUCCAGCUGGCUGACGGAUACACGCAAUCUAACGAAUCCCAGUACUGUGAUAUUUUUGAUCGGCAACAAAUCCGACCUGGAGAGUACCCGCGAGGUGACGUACGAGGAAGCGAAAAGUUUCGCCGACGAACACGGUCUGCUGUUUGCGGAGGCCAGUGCUAUGACUGGUCAAAAUGUGGAGGAAGCGUUUCUGGAAACCGCCAGGAAGAUCUACCAAAGCAUCAAGGAUGGGCGGCUCGAUCUGAACUCGUCGGAAACGGGCGUCCAGCAUAAGCCGGCCCAGCCGGGCCGGACGACCCUCAGCAACGACACGCAGACCAACAAGGAAAACUGUUCGUGCUAGACGUUUUGUUUUGGCAGCAAGAAUUCGAUUGCCGACCCGCGUGUCCGUGCAAUGCGCGUAUCAACAGGUAAGGUAAAAUCGCGGGACGCUGUCUGCUGACGAGCAGCACACAGCGAGAGGCUUUGUCAUGCCAAAUGUUCCCAAUUAAUUCUCUUCACCGCCGAGGGUUACGCCGCCGUGCGCCGGUAAACUGUAUUUAAUGAACUAUGACCGCCGAUGUUCAUAUUAUGUUCCAUUGAUAUUCCAUUCGGAGAGUGUCCUUUUCGGUUCCGCCUCUACUUAUGUUGCUUCUAUAACGUGAAGGAAAAUUUCUUUAAGGUGUAUUGUCUGCAAGAUUCGCAGCCUGCAGGGGCCACCGAAGCGAUCCGAACGUUAUUGACGCUGGCCGGAGCGUUUACAUACACUUUCACCAAGAAUCAAUUUAGUUGUUGCUUUAUUCUAUUACACUGCAGGUGGGAUGAAACAAUCCCCCAUUUAUCUAACGUCACGGACAAUGCGUACGAAUCCAGAUGUACACGGCCACGGCUUGAUCGUACACUCGUUGAUCACGAAUUUGGUCGAUCGCUCUAUGGGUCUGCACGACGCACUACGCAGGGUGAUGUGUUACGCAUACAUUUCCAAAAAGCAAAACGGUGAUAGCGAAACCUCGUGGGAGAUGGUCUACAGAUGGCAAAUGGUUAGGAUAGACACGGAGAUCGCAUCACCGGAAAAAGAAACUAAAAUCACACAUAUAUCGUCCGUUUCAGUCAGUAUCAGUAUCAGAUUGAUGGAAAAUCUCGAACUUUUUCAGUACAAAAAAAAAAAUAAAAAGAAAAGGAAUCACGUGAGUCCCCAGACGACCGACACACAU